AGAGAUUGCUGGAGAUGAGGGAGAAGAGGAAGAAAUGAGACUCAGACUGUGGUUAAAUGGGUCCCUCUCCUGGCUAAUGUGUAUGGAAGCAUGUGCCUUUUAAACGGCAUCAGCUGAAUCAGGUUUCAAGCUUCAGUUAAGGGGAAUGUAGGAAUUAAGAAGCUGGAUCGAGGGUCAGAUUCUCUUGUUUUCCUUGAGACCCAGAGGCUGAAUAACCAGGCCCUUCUUCAGGAUACUCACUGCCAAGAAAGAAAGCUAACUGAUUCUAUGCCCGUGAGGAUACUGGCUUAACAAGAAUCUGGUCCAGCUAAACUAUAGUAGAGUCGCUCCCUUCCUCAGACAGAUGCCUCAUCAGGCAAAAUUAAAAACCUACAGUAAACAAGAUGAAGCACUUUCUCUUUUUAGGAUCUCAGAGUACCCAACCCAAAUCAAUUCAUGCUUCCUACUGCAAACUUCUCCGACAUCGGGUUAUCGGUACUUAUAAUUAGAGUCAUUGCCAAAUGUUCCACUAAAUUAAAAUUCCUGCAAAUUAAUUAUCUCAUCAAAGGUGGCUCAGUUUCAGAACUGGAUUCGUAAAUCCUGGCACUAAAAUAGACGCAACCUUCUCCUAAGAGUGAAAGAAAAAAAAAAUAGUCAUUUACUGACAUGUCCCUGCAGGAAACAAUAACAUUACAGAUCAUGUAGGAGCCAAGAAUAGCCGGGGCAUAUUAAUAACUCAGUCUGUUCCCUGAUUUUAUUCAAGAUGACUGGUUAAAGAACACGGCACUGAUGAUGACUCCAUGGCAUGAGGAAGAAUGUCAUCAUUAACAUGUGGACCGUUUGGCAUUUGGAACAUUUCACACAUAAAGAGAACUCAACACAAGACUAUUUACUGUGCUUUAGACAGAUGGUUUAAUGUUUCUUUAGCCUUCAGCCUAUCAGGCCACCCAUGGUUUUCUUCAGCCAAGGGCUUUUUAGAAAUAAUUGGUCUCUAGCAAUUUUCUAACAAGACUGACUGCGAUCUAUUUCCCUAAAUCUUUUUCCUACCCUUAACUAUCCCUUACAGUGGUUUGUGGCUGACAAACCUCCCUGACUGACACUGAUUCCUCACAUAUAAGUAAUUACUGACAUAAAAGGAGAUGAAGGGGCUGAAAUCUCAUCAUUAAUGGUUUCUUUGCUACAGUAAAGCUAUUUAGAAACGAUUACUUCGGAAAACAGUUCUUCCCUGAUUAGACGUUGCCUGACCCUGGAGAAGCUGUUCCCCCAGAAUCUUUCAAUACGGGAAUUGAUAACCCCACGUAGAUGGAUAACUGUGAGUGGCAAAAGAUGCACACAGGCGUUGGUUUAAAAAUGGUAGAGAAGAGUAAUUGUGUCUCUGUCUGAGGAAUAUGUAAAUGUGUUUAGAAGGGAUACAGAGGCUGCAGAUUCCCUGCUCCUGCCAUCAGUGUGGAAAUCACUCACACUGGAAAAGCAAGCGUGUGCAUUCUUACAGUGCAAACGUCUGUAGGACUCUUGAUCCCCUGCACUUCCCUGGCCACAGUUCAGUUUUCCAGGCCCUUCUGCCAGCUCUUUUAGGGAACCACGUGACCCAAGGCCCGGCGACUCUACAGACUGGCUCAGAAGGAUGGAUGCUUGUUUGCACAUUCUUCUCUGUGUAACCUCCCCAGUAAGGUUCAGAAGAGGCAAGCUUAGGCCUGAAGCACAGAAAAGUGAUGACACAGCAGAGAGGGUUUAGCGAUCAGAUGUAUUUAGGAGGGCAAGUGUCUCCUGACUGCCUGCAGGAGAGGGCUUGUGGGACUGGAAGUCUCAGCGGGAACUUCUGAUUGGCUUUUUUCUCUUUAAGGGACAAUGACGUCUCAUUGGAAGCUCAGAUUUCCCGCUGACACUUAAUGCUGGGCCUAACUGGAAUCCUUGCUGGUUCUGUGGCUGCAGCUGGUGUCUGGGUUUUGCACUGCAACUGUCAACUUUCCGCACCUAUGAGGAAAAGGGGCCCACGGUACCGACAUCGGUGGUCUGUCUGACCAUGGCUUGUUUAAUUCCCAGCUCGAAGUGCCAAGCCAGUUCUGUUUCAUGAAGUUCAACAGCUCGCUGCUCCGAGUGCGCGAGGGCGACGGGCAGCUGACCGUCGGGGACGCGGGCCUGGACCGCGAGCGGCUGUGCGGCCAGGCACCACAGUGCGUGCUGGCCUUCGACGUGGUCAGCUUCUCCCAGGAGCAGUUCCGGCUGAUACACGUGGAGGUGGAGGUGAGGGACGUCAACGAUCACGCGCCGCGCUUUCCCCGGGCCCAGAUCCCCGUGGAGGUGUCCGAGGGCGCGGCUGUGGGCACGCGCAUCCCGCUGGAGGUGCCGGUGGACGAGGACGUGGGAGCCAACGGGCUGCAGAGCGUGCGCCUGGCCGAGCCUCACAGCCCCUUCCGCGUGGAGCUGCAGACGCGCGCGGACGGCGCCCAGUGCGCGGACCUGGUGCUGCUGCAGGAGCUGGACCGCGAGAGCCAGGCCGCCUACAGCCUGGAGCUAGUGGCCCAGGACGGCGGCCGCCCGCCGCGCUCCGCCACUGCCGCCCUCAGCGUGCGAGUGCUGGACGCCAACGACCACAGCCCGGCCUUCCCGCAGGGCGCCGUGGCCGAGGUGGAGCUGGCGGAGGACGCGCCCGUGGGCUCCCUGCUGCUGGACCUGGACGCAGCCGACCCCGACGAGGGCCCCAACGGCGACGUGGUGUUUGCCUUCGGUGCCCGCACCCCGCCCGAGGCGCGCCGCCUCUUCCGCCUGGACCCGCGCUCGGGCCGCCUCACCCUGGCAGGACCCGUGGACUACGAGCGCCAGGACACCUAUGAGCUAGACGUGCGGGCCCAGGACCGCGGUCCCGGGCCUCGGGCCUCCACCUGCAAAGUCAUCGUGCGCAUCCGCGACGUCAAUGACAACGCUCCGGACAUCACCAUCACCCCGCUGGCCGCCCCGGGCGCGCCUGCCGCCUCUCCCUUCGCCGCCGCCGCCGCCGCCGCCGCCGCCGCUCUCGGGGGUGCGGACGCGACCUCGCCGACCGGACCUGGAACGCCGGAGGCCGGCGCCAUCUCGCUGGUGCCAGAGGGGGCGGCGCGCGAGAGCCUGGUGGCGCUGGUCAGCACCUCGGACAGAGAUUCGGGCGCCAAUGGGCAGGUGCGCUGCGCCCUCUACGGGCAUGAGCAUUUCCGGCUGCAGCCGGCCUUCGCGGGCAGCUACCUGGUGGUGACCGCGGCGUCCCUGGACCGCGAGCGCAUCGCUGAGUACAACCUGACGCUGGUGGCCGAGGACAGAGGCGCGCCCCCUCUACGCACCGUGCGGCCCUACACGGUGCGCGUGAGCGACGAGAACGACAAAGCGCCACUCUUCACGCGACCGGUCUAAGACGUGUCAGUGAGGGAGGACAACCCGCCUGGCGCCUACUUGGGCCGCGAAGCGGUCACCUACCGACUGCUGGAGGCCGAAGAGGGUCGCGCCCAGGACGCCGUGUCCCCCUACAUCUCUGUGGACCCUAUUACUGGGAAGCUGUGUGCACAACGGUGCUCUGAUCGCAAGUAACUGGCUGAGCUGCAGCUGGGGCUGGAAGCUCUCGACGGCGGCUCUAUGCAGCUCUGGGGCUGGGCCGUGGUGUGCCUGCAUGUGGAGGACCAGAACGGGCACUCACUGGUCACACUGCCAGAACAGCUGGUCACACUGCCACUCUUCAAUGGCUCAGCCCAGCUGCCUCUGCUUCAGGGCGCGAGGCUGGGCUACCUGGUGACCCAAAUGCAGACGAAGGCCCCAACACAGAGCUAAUUUCCACCGUAGCGGCGGCGGCCCCGCGGCGCUAGCGCCGCACCCGUUCACGGGUGAGCUGUCUUUUCAGCGCCGCUUGUCCCCACAGCCCACCAACCAGCUGACGGCGGUCGUCAUGGUGCGGGACCGAGGCCAGUGGGCCUUUAUCGCGCACCGCCACUUUGCUCCUAGUGCCCGCGGAUUUGGCGCCACCUGGCGGAGAAGUGAUGCUGGUGCCGCCUUCCCCGCCGCCGCCGCCGCCAAAAGAGGGAGGGUAGGGACGCGCCUGGAGUCGCACAGCGCAGAGAGCAGGGUGACAGCCUGGCUUCCUGGUUGUCUUGGCAGGUGUUUUGGCUAGCGGCUGUGGCCUUCUGCUGGUGGCCAUUGCCAUCGAGACUUGUUCCAGCCAAGGCGAGGCCAGGACGCAGAAGAAGAAGCUUUGUGGGCAUAGCUUGAGCAGUACACAUUCAAAUCCAGAUGAAUUUAGUGAGAAAGAUAGCGGAAGAGGAGACAGUGAAUCGAAUGACAGCAGUUCUGACAUCAGUAUAGAGCGGGCUUCAAGAAAGCGUCUUUUCCAGUGAUUGCAAAGCGAGAGGGUUCACAUGGUUUUGGAAUGGUCGCUUCUACCUUAAUUAUGAUUCCUCAAGCAGUUUUCCUGACUUUUAUGACGGCAUUCUCAGUGACAGACAGUAAUUGGAAACACGAAUCAAAUACUUGCUGCAUACAAAGCUCUUUGGGCCUCCAGACAGGAGACGCUCCCUGAAAGUUUGUGAAAG